CCAGUUUGAAAUGUCCUGGGUUUUUGUGACGUCUAAAGUCAAUGGCCAAAAAGCAAGGUAAGUGCCGCCCGUUUCUGUAGUAGUUGUAUGAACUUACUGUUACCCGUCACCUUAGCCUCCUAACCCUAACCCUUACUUACUUACUUGCUUACUUAAGAGCGACAAGCAUCUGACUUCUCCAUACAAAAAUACUGCUGAAUCAUUCAUUAAGAUCAUGAGAAUAAAGGAAAUGAUUUCCAACCCUGGUCAGUACCAAAGAAAAAGUACAGAGAAGAGUACAGAGAUUCUAGGAGAAUAUGGAUACUGAUCAGUUAGGAUGUAAGGAUUAACUGAAAGACGUAAUGAUGGAUCAAAGUUUGAUUCCGAUUUUUCAGAUUAUUUUAUGUUCUUAAACCCGUAUUCUUUGUUGACUUAAACAUUUUGGCAUUAUGUCAUUCCUAACCUUUUUUUUUUCAGCUUGUAAAUUCACUGUUUUGAGAAAGUAUUACAGGUAUUCUUAUUGGAAAAAGGUAGAAUUUUCAGAGCACUCUUAAAUCGUUAUUUCUUUUGUCGAGAUAAUUUUUUUGCAAUUAAAUUUAAGUUGAGAACUCUUUCAUCUUAAAAUUUAAGUCACCUUAUCUUCAUAGAUUUAGGAGAAAAAAAUUGAAAUGCAAGCAUUAUGGGUGAUAUAUUAUGAUAUUGGUCAGAUGAAUUGCAGACUAGAGGUAACUUAUCAUGAUAUUCUUAACAAUAAGUCAUUUCUUUUCUCUCAGGAAGUAUUUUGAAGACAGAGGACAGUAUGAUAAAGAGCGGAAAGUGACAAAGUCCUCCACAAAUGAAGUGAUGAUUCCUUUACAACAAGAGCCAGCUCAAAAACUCAAUGAACAGUCAGGAAAAAGUGAUACAUCUUGGCUUGUUCCAUUUGAGGGGAGGGUUGAAUGCAUAGAUGCUGAUAAAUUGAUUGUAAGACUGGGUAGAUUGUCUCCUCAAGAGAAGUUGAAGAUUGCUUUAGACAAUUUAUUAUACAUGAAUGGUAGAACAUUUGAUGGGUUGUUACCAGAUGAUAUACCAUCACAUUGGGAGCAGCAUGGAGACCUUAUUCUAUUACCAGAGAACAGUUUCACUUCAGAAAAAUGGAGAGACUUUGAUGGUGAAUUAUGGAGAACUGUUGCAAAAAGUCUUGGUGUCACAAAACUUGCCAAGAAAUCAGCUAUAUGUAGGGAUGGUUUCAGAACCCCCAAAGUCACUAUGCUUCUGGGUGAGAAUGGAUGGGUGACUCACACAGAUAAUGGCAUUAAAUACACCUUCGAUGUCACAAAGUGCAUGUUCUCUUCAGGAAAUAUUACAGAAAAGAUCCGAGUUGGAAAUUUUGACUGUUCUGGUCAAACUGUUGUUGAUCUUUAUGCUGGAAUUGGUUAUUUUGUCCUGCCCUAUCUUGUUCAUGCUAAAGCAGCCAUGGUUCAUGCUUGUGAGUGGAAUGAAAAUGCUGUAGAGGCUUUGAGAAGAAACUUGAAAUUGAAUGGUGUUGAUAAACAAUGUGUCAUUCACGAGGGAGAUAAUCUGAAGGUAAACAAUAGCUUUUAGAUUGGUUUUGUAGUAUGAAUCCCUUGACUCUGAUGGCAACAUCUGUUCGCGUUGUUGAAAUUUCGGUUACUGUCAGAAAAUUGAAAAGAAUCUUGGAUGUUUUUCCUUGACCUAUUUGAAGUAUAUAUUUGCAGACCUGUGAAGGAAAGAAUUGUGAGUGUAAACCAUCCUGAACACCACAUCUCCCUUGAAUAAUACAUAGUGACCCAAAAUUUGGUAACAUGCUUAGAACUUUAGAGUGAUCCCCUUGUGUGAUUUGAUUUACAGUUUCCUCUUCGAGGAGUGGCAGACCAUGUCAACUUGGGCCUUAUCCCUCUUGUGAGGCUGGAUGGCCGGUGGCUUGUGCUGCACUUCGUCCUGAUAGAGGAGGGUGGUUACAUGUUCAUGGAAAUGUCACAUCAAAUAUAAAAGACCAGAAAGGAAUAGUAAAUAGUAAAUUGUCAGAGUCAUUAGCUGGAGAAACCUGUCUGUCUGUAAGUCAAACCAAGAAAGCCAACAUGACAAGCCCACAGAGUACUUUUGAUGACAAUAAUUAUGGUUUUAAUGGAGUAGAACAACCUUCAUCAAUUCACUGUCAUUCAGAGAAUACAUCAACAUGUGUAGUAAAUCAAGGCCAAGUACACAACAACAGGAUGGUUUUGAUAAAAUCUUCUGAGCUGGAAUCAUCAAUGAUCUCUGCUGAGCCCUUUACAGUUUCAGUUGAGUUUAAUCUUCCAUUCUGGAAACAAAACCACAUACCCUCCUGCAACAAGAAAGUAAAGCAAGAGUGGCUAGAUUGGGCAAAAUAUGUUGCUCAGACUAUACUGCCUCAUUUAAGGAAAUCACACGGUAAACAAGGGUGGAAUGUUCAAGUGAGGCACAUUGAACAUGUCAAGUCCUAUGCUCCUCACAUAGAUCAUGUUGUGUUGGAUGUGGAAUGUUGUCCAUCAUGUGAUUAUUAAUCCUGGUGUUCUUAGCCCUGGUUGUACAUAAAUCAAGUGCUUCUUUGGUUGGAUCUUAACCAGAAAAUUACUUUCAGGGCAAAAAACAGAAAUUUAAAGUAAUAUAAUGUAUACACAUGCAAGUUAACGAUUAAUUAAAAUAAUUAUUUAACUUUUAUCAUAUUUAGUUUUCUGCAUACUUUCACUUUCCUUGAAACACAAUAAGAUUGAUGUGAUUGAAAUGAAUGGUAAUUUUGGAGCCAAUAUUGUGAAUCAAAGAGAACAGAACAAAGGAGAUAAUAAGACACCCAUACAUUGAUGUCAUUGUUUUGUAUGAAUAUGUAUUAUUUUUUAAAAUGGUAAAUACAGACAAACGUAGUAUCCAGGAACAGAGCAAGAAUUGUAACAUGUAUCCUGCUACAGACCAUCAUUAUUAGAGACUUUUUUAAUUCUGAGAAUGGAGUCACAGAACCUCUAUUUGACCUUAACAAGCUUAGUUCUUAACAGUUAUAGUUAGGCAUAGCUACCUAAAGGUGAUUUGUGAAAGAAAUGUCUUGAAUAACCCUAGAGCUGAACAUCAAAU